ACCUACGUGCCUGCCUCUCUCCCUCUACUAUUUAUUUCUCUAUCUAUAAACCCUCCCAUUCACCACCAACCUUCCUUCUCCCUCGGUCCUUUCUCUUUCCCUCCCUCAACUGCUCAACACAAUCAAUCCCUCCCUCUCUACCUGAGUACUUAAGAGUUACCUCUUAUCUACUUGUACUCCCCCCCCUCCCCCACUUCUACUUCCUCCCUCUCUGACUCUCUGGAGCUUCCUCUACCCCUCCACUUACUACUUCCUUACUUACUCUCACUCCCUCACCUAUUUCUAUUCUCGUAGAACUCUACAAAUUUCCAGAGGCUGUCCAGCAUGGCUGACCUCGCAGUCGACAAGAACGCCGCUUCGGCCAUUGACGACAAUGACUUUGAUGAUGAGCAUGGCGAGCACCACCCCCACCGAAACUCGGUUCACCACAGGCUGCGAGCCAGCAGCUCCAUCAUGCAGCUCAAGAAGCUCCUAGUCGCCAACCGCGGAGAGAUCCCAAUCCGUAUCUUCCGAACAGCCCACGAGCUGUCCCUCCACACAGUCGCCGUCUACAGUCAUGAGGAUCGACUCAGCAUGCACAGACAGAAGGCUGACGAGGCCUACGAAAUCGGCCAACGCGGACAGUACACGCCCGUCGGAGCCUACUUGGCCGGCGACGAGAUCAUCAAAAUUGCCCUCCAGCACAAUGUCAACAUGAUCCAUCCGGGUUACGGAUUUCUUUCCGAGAACGCUGAGUUCGCUCGUAACGUAGAAAAGGCUGGCCUUAUCUUCAUCGGACCCUCUCCAGAUACCAUUGACGCUCUCGGCGACAAGGUUUCCGCCCGAAGGCUUGCAAUCAAGUGCAAUGUCCCCGUCGUUCCGGGUACCGAAGACCCCGUGGAGAAAUACGAGGACGUUAAGGCUUUCACUGACGAGUAUGGCUUCCCCAUCAUCAUCAAGGCUGCCUUCGGAGGAGGUGGCCGCGGUAUGCGAGUCGUCCGCGAGCAGUCAAGCUUGAAGGAGUCCUUCGAGCGUGCUACCUCCGAGGCUAAGUCGGCUUUCGGUAACGGCACUGUCUUCGUCGAGCGCUUCUUGGACCGCCCCAAGCAUAUUGAGGUCCAGCUUUUGGGUGACAACCAGGGCAACGUCGUCCACCUCUACGAGCGUGACUGCAGUGUCCAGCGUCGUCACCAGAAGGUCGUUGAGCAGGCCCCUGCUAAGGAUCUUCCCGUCGAGACUCGUGAUGCUAUUCUCGAAUCUGCUGUCAGGCUCGCCAAGUCGGUCAAAUACCGCAACGCCGGUACUGCUGAGUUCUUGGUAGAUCAACAGAACCGCUUCUACUUUAUCGAGAUUAACCCCAGAAUUCAAGUCGAGCAUACCAUCACAGAAGAGAUUACCGGCAUUGAUAUCGUAGCUGCCCAAAUCCAAAUUGCUGCAGGAGCUACUCUCGAGCAGCUUGGCUUGACCCAGGAUCACAUCUCUAUCCGAGGCUUCGCCUUCCAGUGCCGUAUCACUACUGAAGAUCCCGCCAGUGGCUUUGCCCCUGAUACGGGUAAGAUUGAGGUCUACCGUUCCGCUGGCGGUAACGGCGUGCGUCUCGAUGGUGGUAAUGGAUUCGCCGGUGCUAUCAUCACCCCCCAUUACGAUUCUAUGCUUGUCAAGUGCUCUUGCAAUGGUUCAACAUAUGAGAUCGUCCGCCGAAAGAUGCUUCGUGCACUUGUCGAGUUCCGUAUCCGCGGUGUCAAGACCAACAUUCCUUUCUUGCUCAAGCUCCUGACUCACCCGACCUUCAUUGAGGGCAAGUGCUGGACUACUUUCAUUGACGACACUCCCGAGCUUUUCGCUCUUAUUGGAUCCCAGAAUCGUGCACAGAAGCUCCUCGCAUAUCUUGGUGAUCUCGCCGUUAACGGCAGCCAAAUCAAGGGACAGAUCGGAGAGCCCAAGUUCAAGGGACCCAUCGUCGUUCCCAAGCUUCACAGCGCUGCUGGACAGGCUAUUGACGUUUCUGAGCCUUGCCAGAAGGGAUGGCGCAAUGUUCUCCUCAAGGAGGGCCCUGAGGGUUUCGCCAAGGCCGUUCGUGCCAACAAGGGCUGCCUCAUCAUGGACACUACAUGGCGUGAUGCCCAUCAGUCUCUCCUUGCCACCCGUGUAAGGACUGUCGACUUGCUCGGUAUUGCAAAGGAGACCAGUCACGCUUUCUCCAACGCCUGGGCUCUUGAGUGCUGGGGUGGUGCCACAUUCGAUGUCGCCAUGCGUUUCCUCUACGAGGACCCCUGGGACAGGCUCCGUAAGAUGAGGAAGCUUGUGCCUAACAUUCCUUUCCAGAUGUUGCUCCGUGGAGCCAACGGUGUUGCAUAUUCAUCUCUUCCCGACAACGCCAUUGAGCACUUCUGUGAGCAGGCCAAGAAGAACGGUGUUGAUAUCUUCCGUGUCUUCGAUGCUCUCAACGAUGUUGAGCAGCUCGAGGUUGGCAUCAAGGCUGUUAUCAAGGCUGGAGGUGUUGCUGAGGGAACUGUGUGCUACAGUGGCGACAUGUUGAACCCCAAGAAGAAGUACAACCUCGAGUACUACCUUGGCGUAGUCGACAAGAUCGUCUCCAUGGGUGCCCACAUCCUCGGCAUCAAGGACAUGGCCGGUGUCUUGAAGCCUAAGGCUGCCACUCUCCUUGUCGGUGCCAUUCGCAAGAAGUACCCCGACCUUCCGAUCCACGUCCACACUCACGACUCUGCUGGAACUGGUGUUGCCUCCAUGGUUGCCUGCGCCCAGGCUGGUGCCGAUGCUGUCGAUGCUGCUAUUGACAGCAUGUCUGGUAUGACCUCCCAGCCCAGCGUGGGUGCUAUCCUUGCCUCUCUCGAGGGUACCGACUUUGAGACUGGCCUCGAUGCUCAUGCCAUCCGUCACUUGGAUGCCUACUGGGCUCAGCUCCGCCUGCUCUACUCUCCCUUCGAGGCUGGUCUUACUGGCCCCGAUCCUGAAGUCUACGAGCACGAGAUCCCCGGUGGUCAGCUUACCAAUCUCAUCUUCCAGGCCUCUCAGCAGGGUCUUGGUGAGCAGUGGGCUCAGACCAAGAAGGCAUACGAGCAUGCCAAUGAUCUUUUGGGCGACAUUGUCAAGGUUACUCCUACCUCCAAGGUUGUCGGUGACUUGGCCCAAUUCAUGGUUUCCAACAACCUCUCUUACGACGAUGUGAUCCAGAAGGCUGAACAGCUCGACUUCCCCUCCUCGGUUCUCGAGUUCUUUGAGGGUUUGAUGGGCCAGCCUUACGGCGGAUUCCCCGAGCCUCUCCGUAGCAAGGCCCUCCGUGAGCGCAGGAAGAUGGACAAGCGUCCUGGUCUUUACCUCGAGCCCAUCGACCUCCAGAAGGUCAAGCGCGAGCUCAAGGAGAAGUACGGAGAUGCUACCGAGUGCGACGUUGCUUCCUACGUCAUGUACCCCAAGGUCUUCGAGGACUACAAGAAGUUCACCGCCAAGUACGGUGAUCUUUCCGUUCUACCGACCCAGUACUUCCUUUCUCGACCCGAGAUUGGCGAGGAGUUCCACGUUGAGCUUGAGAAGGGUAAGGUGCUUAUCCUCAAGCUCCUUGCUGUUGGACCCCUCUCCGAGCAGACUGGUCUUCGUGAGGUCUUCUACGAGAUGAACGGCGAGACCCGUACCGUCACCGUUGAGGACAAGCACGCCGCUGUCGACAACGUCAGGAGGGCCAAGGCCGAUCCUACCGACGGCAGCCAGGUCGGUUCUCCUAUGUCUGGUGUCGUCGUCGAGCUCCGUGUCCACGAGGGCAGCGACGUCAUGAAGGGAGACCCCAUCGCCAUCUUGAGCGCCAUGAAGAUGGAAAUGGUCAUCUCUGCUCCCCACUCCGGAAAGAUUGGCAACCUCUCCGUCCGCGAGGGCGACUCUGUCGACUCCCAGGACUUGGUCUGCAAGAUCGUCAAAUAGAAGUCUUCUAUCACUUCUUGUUUCACGUUUGCUUGCCGGUCCAGCUAUUAUCAAUCUAGGGGGUUUACUACCAAUGACUUUCCUAUAAUCCUAUCCUACCUCCCUCGCCAGCAAUUAUAUCCAGGAGAAUGAACAUAGUUUCCAAGCUUGGUUCAGGGAGGCUCGGGAUCUUGUAAUGAAAAAAAUAAACAUCACGAUGAUGAAUUUCAAGGUU